AUGCUCUUCACCAAGUCUUUAGCAGCCCUCGGCGCGCUCACUGGCGUCGUGGCUUCGCCAAUCGCGGCUGACCUCGAGGACCGCGCACUGCGUUUCACGCAGACUUCGACUGUAGCCGCAUCGAUGCAGGGUCACGGCUACGGUAUCCAGACGUCUAUGGGCGGUCAGCUUCUCACCACCGGUCUGCACUUCCUGGACGGUACCCUGCUUGUCGCGUACAAGCCCCAGCUUUCCUUCACUUACCAGCAAGGCCCCACAACGCCCACUGGCAAUGCGUCAAACGCUCAGGACACGUUCGGCAUCUUCCUCACGCUGUACAAGUGGUUCCACAUGGACUUUUUGAGUGUAGAGACGGACAACCAGUUCUUCCCUGUGUGGCAUGGAAAGCCGCUCGUGCCGGCGACGCUUGGCUUUGGGUUCAACAACGACCGCGUCGAGGACGGGCUGUCGUAUGGCCCGUCGUGGUGGCAGCAGGCAUCUGGUUCGUGGCCCGAGCCCACGAUCGGCCUGUACCUCAACCCCGUGUACCACGCGCUCAACGUGACGCACCUGGACCAGCUGCCAAAGCAGGACCAGUGGCUCAGCGCCGGAAGCAUCAAGUGGGGCGGGAUCGACUCGUACUACUCCAAGGGCAACGUCGACUACGUCAACGUCAUGGGCCCCGUCAUUGGCACUGAGCAGAACUGGCUGUUUGCCGGCGAUGGGAUCAAGGUCAACGGCGCGUCAAUGGACCUCGGAGGCGUAGCGUUGACGUUCACCCCUUUCCUCGCGCCGUGGAUCCAGCUUCCUCGCUCGGUUGCCGACAAGCUGCACGAGGGUGUUGCUGGCGCUGUCGCUGUUGAUGUCACGUCCGACCAAGGUGACAUGCGACAGUACUCUGUCCCCUGUGGCGCGACCGAGGUGAUCACGCUCACGCUGGGCGGUGUCGACUACCCCAUCCCGCCAAUCCUCUGGGUCAAGCGCAACAACGACGGCACAUGUGCCUCUGCAUUCCAGACCAUCCCGUCUGCCUUUGGAGACGGUCCUUACUUCAUGCAGCUCGGCACGACGUUCCUGUCCACCGUCUACACGGUGCUCAAGUUCAAUGCCGCAAACGACUCACCGGCGCAGCUCGGCUUCUCGAGCGUACCCUGUGGCCGGGCAGCCAUCGAUGCGAGGACGGGGUCCACAAAGUACACUCCUUGCGGUUCUGGCGGUGGUCUCCUGUCGGGUCUGCUCAACCUCUUCCAUUAA